ACGAUAACAGGGGACGAUUUCCGUGCUUUGUUCAUUCUGGUGGGCAAUAUGAUCUGCAACAAGAGAAGCUAAAGUUUCUAAUUAAAUUUAGGUCGUAUCCAACUAUAUCAUAUUAACGUAUCCGAUUUAAGACAUUUUAAAUCAAUAAUAAACUAUAGAGAUUUACCAGGAUGUCAUCGCUUAUGGAAAAGACGAAAUCGGAAGUACAUGCGUCUUCAGAAAAUAGUGGAGUGAAUGUUGAAGACAAUUUACCAGAUGUCAUAUUUGUGGAGGACCGUGGAGAGAAGAGAUCUCUUCCAAUUGAUUCUGAUGGAGCUGGUCCUGCCAGAAAGAGGAAAAAGAAAUGUGAGACUCAGUCACAGCCAAAGAAUUCUUUGUGUGUACUUAAUGAGCUACGUCCAGGACUUACAUACAACACAGUGAGCAUGAGCGGACCCGUCCAUGCUCCAACAUUUACAAUUUCUGUUGAGGUGAAUGGUCAGGUUUUUGAAGGGCAAGGACGAUCUAAGAAGUUGGCCAAGCAUGCUGCGGCCGAGGCUGCCGUCCGUACUUUUGUGCAGUUCAGGAAUGCUCCUGAGGCCCAGCAAGCAAUGAAUAUGCAUUCUGCAGACCUGGACAUUACAAGUGACAUAACAGAACCUGAAGGCUCACUUUUUAAUGUUUUUCAACCACUGGACAGCAACAAUAGUACAACUUCAGGGGAUGUGAAUAAUACAGAAACUGCCCUUGUGUCUCAAGCACCUAUAGUUCAGAGCAGUAAUGGUGGACCCUUCCAUCCGAUGCUUCCUCCAGCAUGUUACAACAUUGCUCCAAGGUUGCCUAUUCAUCCAGGAGACAAGAAUCCUGUCAUGCUUCUUAACGAACUCCGGCCAGGGAUUAAGUUUGACUGUGUUUCAGAAGACAGUGAACCACAUGCCAGGUUUACUAUGUCUGUAACUAUUGAUGCCGAAAGAUUUGAAGGAACGGGUCCGAGCAAGAAACUGGGUAAAUUAGCAGCAGCGAAGGCAGCGUUAGCCAAGUUGUACAAUAUCACAUUUUCACCAUUCCCAUCACUGCUCCAGCCAAACAGGAGUUUAGGUUCUCCAAGUGCUCCACCAGUUUCCUUUGAGCAGAUGGCUCUGCCGCAAGUCCUUGCUGAUCACAUAUCUAGGUUGGUGAUAAGGAAGUUUACAGAUUUGACUGAGAGACAGCCCAUGCAUUCUCGAAGGAAGGUUUUAGCAGGUAUUGUAAUGACGGCAGGGCCUCAGAUGGAAGAUGCAAAAGUGAUAUCGGUAUCCACAGGUACCAAAUGCAUCAAUGGAGAACAUAUGAGUGUGCUUGGAGCUUCUCUGAAUGACACUCAUGCUGAGGUUAUUGCCCGUCGUUGCCUUUGCGAUUUUAUCUAUGCUCAGCUAGAAUUGCACACAAACUCAGAAACAUCAGAACAUUCCAUUUUUGUACCUCGACUUAAUGGUAAAGGUUAUCAGUUGAAGGAUAAUAUAAAAUUUCAUUUAUACAUAAAUACUGCACCCUGUGGAGAUGCUAGGAUCUUUUCUCCUCAUGAGGCUGUAUCUCAAGAUGACUCCAUUGAUAAGCAUCCAAACAGAAAGACACGAGGACAAUUAAGGACGAAAAUAGAGUGUGGUGAGGGAACUAUUCCAGUGAAGUCAAGUGAUGAUAUUCAAACUUGGGAUGGAGUUUUACAGGGCCAGAGAUUGCUGACAAUGUCAUGUUCAGACAAGAUUGCCAAAUGGAAUGUUGUGGGAGUACAAGGAUCGUUACUGUCACAUUUUGUUGAACCUGUUUACCUGGAGAGUAUUACGCUUGGAAGUUUAUUCCAUCCCAGCCAUAUGUACAGGGCUGUGUGUGGUAGGAUUGAAACUACAAUCCAAGGACUUCCUCCUUCUUAUCGACUGAACAAGCCACUUAUGAGCCUUAUUACUUCACCAGAGGUACGACAGCCUGGUAAGGCACCUAACUACAGUGUGAACUGGACCACAGGACAAGAGGACGCUGAGAUAAUUAACUCAGUAACAGGCAAGGGUGAUCAAGGUAUUGCAUCUCGAUUGUCAAAACAAUGCCUGUUCAAACGCUUCUUCAGUCUUGUGGGAAAAAUUGGUUCAGUGACAGGAUUGACUGUUGGAUCAUGUCCACAUCAGUACUCAGGUGCAAAAGAAGCAGUUCAAGAUUAUAAGAUGGCAAAGGAGCAGCUGGUGUAUGCAUUCCACAAAGCUGGACUGGGCACAUGGCUGAAGAAGCCAAUAGAACAAGACCAGUUUGAAUUAGAUGAUUCUGUGUUAAAUAAUCAUCAGUGACUGGAAGAUGGUCCUUUUGGGGUUUACCUUGCAGAAUAGAGCAGUUGCUCAGUCCUCCAUCCCUCCCUGUCACAGUUGCUCCCAGAAGCUAAAUCCACACUUGGCACCAAUAAAGAGCAGAGUCUGGAGAACUGAGCUUAGCACCUCCUUUAUUCUUGCUCACAACUCAUCUCAAAUUAACCCCAAGCACCAUUAAUAUUAACUUAAUUUUCUUCAAGUCAGGUAACAAUGCAGUAGAUAAACAAAUUUUAGGGAUCAUGUAUAAAAUGGCUGCUGAGAUAAAUAAACCAUUGCUUCGUAAUUUAUUACAAUUAAUUUAUAUUUGAAUUUGUGCCAGGAACAAAAUCAAAUUGCCUCCUAAAAUAACAAAAUAUACAUGAGAAGAAAUACACUGUCGAUAACAAAUCAUAUUUUAAAGUAAAGGCGCUCUCCAUUAUGCAUUCUUUGCAUGAGAAUGCAUAUGGGGUUGAUCUUGUCUGCCCCUCAUGAUUCAGCUUGGGAACUGCUGGACAUAUUUGGAUGAAAUUUGGUGUGGAUGCUAUGCGAUUGGGGUCUACCCUAAAAUUAUAUUUUUCAAUUUGCUACAGUUGGUAAUACCAGCAUUGCAGAUGCAUGAACAUGUGAGCUGAUAUUGACAUUGGUGUCACUUGCAGUAGGGCCAGUGUUGUAUGGUUAUAGAUUUUCAAAAGAUACAAACUCUGGAAAACCAGCCACAUGAAAGAAAAUAGAUAUUUUGACUUGACGAGGAUUCAGUCCCAUCACCCCACGCAUAUGAGUCCAGUAUGCUACCACAGACAUGAUACGCCUUGUGGUCUAUCAUUAUUGAUUUACAUUAUUUAAAUAUGACAUUCAGACCACAUGAUUGGUAUAGUUGGAAACUAAAGUUGACUAAGUAAGAUAAUUGAAGUAAUCCUGCUUUGAUAAUUGUUCUUCAGGAGCUAACAGGUCAAGAGGCAUUUUAGCAUAUAUCAUAGGUUAUACAUUGUGUUUCUGGAUCAGUUUAUAAUAAAUGUGUGCUGUUCUCUCAGUAUUCAGUUUCUGAUAACAGUAGAGAAGAAAUAAAACAUUUAAAGUAUAUGUUCAUGCAUUUCCAUGAAUUCUGUGGAAAGUACAUUAGAUUCAAAUUCACUCAUUUGUUUUUUUUAAUAUAUAAAGGUAAACAGAUGAUAGCCAAUGAAUGAAUCUUACAUUAAAGAUAGAUGCUUAGGCUUUUACAUUGCCUGCAGUGUAUUACUACAUUUAAGUGGAUGUUAUGCUUGUGUAGUGUAUGUAUGGUGUAUAUUUUUUGUUUCAGUGAGAAGCAUUCAGAAUUCUGAAUUUGCAAAGAACGUGCACUUGCAUAUUCUAGUAUGGUUUACACCUUCCUACUUUUAGUAAAGUCAUUUAUGUUAAAAUUAAUACAAUAACAAGUAUUUAGUACUCAUUUAAUUUAAUGAGCAAAUUUAUAUAUGAUCCCAGGCAUAGUAUGGUUUCCUUUUUGUUUAGGUGUGAUGGAGCAUGAAUGUGUGUUUCACAUUCAGACCACUAGCCUCCUACUUUCAUGUAAAGUACUUGACAUGUUCUUCCACAUGACACUACUCACUUCUUACCGUACAUUGUGAUCUGGUUACUCAGAUUUCUGUUCACAGGAAAAUUUCAUGCAUGCCAUAUUUUAACGUAAUAGAGCAUUUAUUGAUAUUUAUAUUAUCAUUUUUUUAUCAUGAAAGUUGUGUUUUAACAGCUUGAAGGAUGGCAUUCCAUAUACGUAGCAGAAUAAACUCUUUGAUGAAAAUUGAACCUAAAUUUUGUUCUGUAAUUUGAGGUUGUGUAAAUGUCUUAUUGUGUAUGGUGUAAUUUUAUUUGUGGUUACUAUCCUUUAAAAAACUUCAACUUUCAAGGAAAUAAACUGGCAUAUUCAGUAGUUCAUUUGACAGUACAAUUGUUAUGUCAUGGGCUACUUGUAUCUUCACGAAGUGGCUCACUUGAUAUUCCAACAUAGGUUUUUAUUUAUGUGAGAAAAUAUUUAUAAAAUUAUAACUUCUUCACCUGCCGGAUACUACAAAACAUGUUAUAUAACAUGUCUAUGAGGAUUGGCUGUGAAGUAGAUGGAGAAAUGUAGGCAAAUAGAUUUGAAAAACAUGCAAGUACUGCCUGUAACAGUUGGUAGUGUGUUGUUAUUGUUAUUAAUGAUGUUGUUUGCGUUUACCAGACUCUGCCCCUCACUGUGCCAAGUCAGUAUGGGAUGGUGGACUGAAGACCAGGUCUAUUCUGUUAGUUGUUUGUCUCCAGGAAUCCCACUCAGAGCCAUUGCUGUUCAGUGGUGCCUGAAGAAUAAUGUCAUCGCACUUGCUGACAUUGCCAGAUCCAAUGCAAGACGUAACCCAGUUCAUGGACAAAUGUUCAGUUUAUCCUGCUCAUUGUGUUGAGGGAGAGCAUGGAGAGAAUAUUUUAGACACUGAAAUGAACUUUAAUUUGUGUUUAAUAAAAUUGUAUUAGGCUCUAACAAUGGAACAUUAUUGUUAAAGUAUAUGAAUGUUGUAAACGGGUAAAUAAUGCUGCUUCCCUCUUUUAGCCGUUGUUAACAAUUUCUUGGAUCUAUUGAUCUAAGGUCACUUGAUAAGGCUGAUUGCUGUUUGAAGUUGUGACUCAUUUCAUUGCAUACCAUCCUUCUGUUUUUCUGUAACUUGUAAGAGGAUGUUUAUAAACAAGUGUAACAUUUUAUUAACAGGGGUCACCUGUUUAUUUAAUAACUUAAAUGUGUUUUGUAAUUUAAAAUUGGUUGUAAAUACCCCAUUUUAUUUAUUGAAAUGUUGUGUAUGGUUAUUUUUUUAAUACUUCAAGGGAACAAAUAGAUAUUUUCUGUAGUUGAUAUAUUUAUAGUAUAAUUAUUGUUCUAUAGGAUACUUUUCUCACUUGUCAUCACACAAUUGUAUUUUUAUUUAUACAAGAAAAUAAUCACUAUAAUGACUGGUUCUUUCUGCUGUCUCUUUAGUAUGAGUGAACAUGCAUACAAAAUAAAGACUGGCCAAUGGAAUUCACUAUUUAGUAAACAGGACAGUCAUUUGUUGAUGAGGUGUAAAUUGCCAAGAGCUUUUCUUCACAUUAUAUAUGAUUUAUCAGUUCAGCCUGACAGAAAGGUGCCAUAAUGUUAAAAGAGAUCGGCUUCACAAAUGCUGAUGUCUGUUACAUUCCUGGUAAAAUUAACCAUACUAGUAUUCUAGGUAAAUGUAAUUUGGAUUUCAUUAUCUUCAUACAAGAAGAAUGGAGUUAUCUUUUUUAAUGUGGAAAUUGAUGGUAUAUGAUACUGGUACCAUUACACCUUUCUGUAAAAAACUAAGCAUAAAAUUAUAAUAUAAGUAGAUUAUAUAAUUUCUUUGGAUAAAAAUGAGAUAAUUUAAUAUACUGGUGACCUCUGUUUAAUGUUUGGUUGCUUUGUCAAUCAUUAAUUUAUUGUGUUCAUUGUCAUUUAAGUUUUCAGUUUCAGGAAUAUUAAUUUUGUCAAAAAGUUAUGUUCCCAAAUUUAUUUUUGCUUUAUCUGUUUGGUUGUAAGUGAUAAUACAAAGUUAAAACUUGUACUUGCAUCCGUCAGUGGUGACUGCAGCAUUACAGAAUCAGUAAUUAUUUCUGUAUCAGAAAUAUUAAGAUUUGUAAUUACAUAAGCAUAUUGCUGUUCUUAAAACAUCUUUGUUGAAUGUUGAAUUUUUAAGUAUUUGAUUGUUGUGAUUGUCCCAUUUUUAUGAAAGGUUAAUUGACUUGCACAAGUGUCAGACUGAUAGAAUAUCACAAGUAAUAGAAUGUUUCUGAUCAUUAUAACAUAGAUAAUCAUAGCCUUUGGCAGUUAUUCUAGGGUAUAAAGCAUGAAGUACAUUCAGGGUCCCGGAGAAUAUGUAUCAUAUUUUAAAUAGCAUUACAAACAUAAUCUCUGUAGUUCCUAAGUACGAUGAACACACUUAUGAAACUUAAGAAGAAUUUAGGAUGAAACAAUAUGAUGUACUGUUUAAGCUUUCCAGAAUAACAAAAAUGAAACUUGCUAACUUAAAAGUCCUCUCUUUCUUAGCAUUUUGUAAGUUUUUGAAUUUUCAGAAUAUUUAACAGUUUCACUUUGCCCAGUGACUGUGCUAGCAAACUGUAAUUGGAUAUAGCGUGGAUAUGAAUGAAAGAAAUAUCCAUUUUAGAAUUAGGAAUAACUGUGCGAGUGAUUUGCCUACUUAAAAUAUUGUGGGUUUUAACUUUUCAGAAUGGUGCAGAACUCAAUUGAAGCAUUUAGAUAUUAGAUAGUAUAUGACUUAAUAAACAAAUUAACGAGUGUGGAGAAUGCUGUUAUAACGCUGACAUGUUGGUACCUUGUUCAGAAGGAUUCAAAAAGUCAGACUGGCACAACAGCCGGAGGUUUGUUACACUGUGUAACUCAAGACCGGUAUUAUUUCGCCGAAUCUUGACCAAUUAUUUAUGUAUCAUGGAUCAGUACAGUUACCAAAUAAGAUAAUUUGGUAUAUAGCUUCACCACCAUUAAAAACUGCUGGUUGAAUCUUAUGAUACACUAUCACAGUAGGUUUCUUCAGGAUAUUGUUUUCGCUGAUAAAAGUUGUAAAUCAGUUUGGUAGUAUGUGUAGUUUUAGAAAUAUUGUGAGUUCAGUUACCAGAUGUUUAACAGUUUUCUAAGUAUGCAAAACCUGAUUUAUUCUUUGUAAAUAAGUUCUGUGUUUGUGUAUGUGUACACACACACACACACGCAAGGAUAAGCAUAGCAAAUUUUGUGUGUUUAUGUUUUCAGCCCUUGGUGGACUAUGACUGCUUCCAUUAAAUACUUCAUUAAACUUGACGGUACAGUUUA